UCAUGCAUUCAAGAAAGUAAAGAAAAGGCAAGGUGAGUGCAAGUGAGAGCCAAAAAACAAAAACAGAAUGAAAAUGGAGAUAGAGGAAGUAAGCAGCUACGAGGCUCUGCCUCUGCUCUCAUUGAACCAUGUGUCUUUGUUGUGUAGAUCAGUGUGGGAUUCAGUGCGUUUCUAUGAAGACGUCUUGGGCUUUGUUCUCAUCAAACGCCCCUCUUCUUUCAAUUUCAAUGGAGCUUGGUUGUACAAUUACGGCAUUGGGAUACACUUAAUUGAGAACCCAUCAAUCGAUGAGUAUGACACCAUCAAUGAAUUGCGACCAAUUAAUCCCAAGGACAACCACAUCUCCUUCCAGUGUACGGAUGUUGGACUUGUUAUGAAGAGGCUGCAAGAUAUGGGGAUGAGGUAUGUCACAGCUGUUGUAGAGGAAGAAGGGGCCAAGGUGGAGCAGGUGUUCUUCCAUGAUCCAGAUGGGUACAUGAUCGAGCUCUGCAACUGCGAGAACAUUCCUGUAAUUCCUAUCUCCUCCUGUGCAUUCAAGCCCAGAGGGCAAAGCUUCAAGAAGGCACCAACCAGCUGUGGAUUCAUGGAGAAUGUGAUGAUGGAGAGCUUGAGCAUGGACAUGAUGAACUUUUCAUUCUAAAAGUUCCAAAAAAGAGUGAAAAACAAUUUCACCUUCUUUUGUUUGUUUAAACAAAGUUGUCAUGCUGCAAAUGUAUAACAGGGUUUUAUUAUGGUCAUGUGUCUUGCUUUGAAAAGGGUUUUUAUAUUUGUUUAUCUGGUUUUUGGAAUAAAGAUUGUAAGAUUGUAAGAUUGAAAAUAAUAGUACUAUUUUGUAAUAUAUAGUUCGAAGCCAAUAUGUGGCUUUGGAUUGUGUCAAUAUUUCCUUUAAGGAAGCUUCCCAUUGAUGGAAGCUGCCUACAUGCAAGAAAUUAUUUAUCAUGGUAGGGAUAUUGUCCCCCAAUGUUGUGCCA